ACGAAUGAUUUAUUUUUCCUUUAAGUUUAUAUUAAUCAAUUUAAUGACUGAUUUUUUUAACUUCCAAUCGUAAAUCUCAAUCAAUGGUUUUGCAUACCGUCAUAGCAAGUCUAAAAAAAUAAUAGUUUUGCGUACAAAUUUCAAUUUACCUUGAAUUCCAAUUGUUUCUAGAAAUUUUUUUUUUUAUAUAUAACUUAUAUUGUUUACGUCUAUGUUUAAUAGCAUAGUUCAUUUCCAGGAGAUUACUAUAGCACAAAAAUGCCCAUUUCAUACGUAAUAAACCUUUUACUUGUAAUGUCUUUUGUGCAAAGUUUCCCGACCAUUGAAAGAACAAAAGGUUGUAGUGAUAUGCCUUCAUCAGACUAUAGUACAGAUACAGAAGAUUUUUCUGCUCAAGAGAUAAUAAAUGAUAUCAAAAGUUUCAUUUCUAACUACUCACAAAGAUUCACAGAGAUGAACUUGUUCAUCAACGAACAUAAGAAUAACACUAGAUACUUGGAUAUUAAAUACUUCUUAUAUACACCCAUGAAUCUCAGAUCUCCAUAUUCUUUGAGACCCACUGAAGAGUCUUUAUCAGGUAGUAACUUCAACCCGUCUUUACCAACAACAGUAAUUGUUCAUGGAUACUCAACAGUUGUAGAUCUAAACAACAGUACUUGGUCUGUUAUGAAAGAUUAUUUGCUGCAACGUUCCCCUGCCAAUGUUAUUAUAAUGGAUUAUACCAAGUAUUGUCAAGGUCCGUAUACGGAAGCAGUCAAGUAUAGUUAUUUAGUGGCACUGAAUCUAGUACAUUUCGCGCAGUUCAUUGCGGAAAAUUCUUUCUCUCCCAUCGAGCAAUUUCAUUUUAUUGGGAUUAGUCUGGGAGCACAAGUUUCUGGAAAUGCUGGAGUACUCAUUCCUAACUUAGGAAGAAUUACAGGAUUGGAUCCCGCUGGUCCGCUCUUUGAGCUGUUUCCAACUGAUUACCGUCUCAGUUCAGAAAGUGCUUUGUUUGUUGACGUCAUACAUACAGGAGCUUCGUCAUUUCCGUUUGGAAUGGGUAUACCUCAACCUGUCGGAGAUGUGGAUUUUUAUCCCAAUGGGGGAAAAUAUCAACCUGGCUGUAAUGCAACAGAAAACGUUACAUCCAACACCUCUAUUGGUAUAGAAAUGGUAAAUGCCAUCCAUUGUUCCCACCGUCGAGCAGUAUUCCUCUUUUUGGAAUCUUUUUGCAAUGACGAAUGUCAAUUUAUUGGAAUAAGCUGUAAGAACUACGAAGAUUUUCAAAAUGGCGCUUGCACUGAAUGGAAUUCUGCAAUAUCUACUAUGGGAAUAAACGCCGAGUGGCAAGAAGAUGCGGCGCCAGAAACACAAUUUCAUUUGGAUACUAAUUCUAAGUUUCCAUUUUGUAUAAAUUAGAAUAAAUACAAAGAAGUAUAUUUAUUUUGGAACUCUUGCAUAGUUUUUGAGAUAUAAACAACUUACAAUAUUUAGAGAUCAUUAAUGCAUGGGAAUUGAAUAAAUUAUUGAUUCAUUUA